AUGGCAGCAGCAGCUGUUUUUAAUUCGUUGAUAAAUGCAGCCUUGAACAUCGACCGAUCGUCUCUUCAGAAGAAUGCCGAUAGUGACUCAAUUGAAAAGGAGCUUCAAGAGCCAGCUGAUUUAAAAAAAGCCUGGGCUUUUCGGCAUAGAAAUUCCAUAACAGAUAACGAAAAUGACCCAAAACCUUAUGGUAUCUGGAAAUUGGGCUCCAGUGACUUCGGAGAAUACGGAGUUGGCCUUCAGCUGCAUUUUCUAUUUCUAAAGCAGAUGAUGCUUAUCUUUUUCAUCAUCGGAGGUAUCAGCAUUUGACCAAUUUAUGAAAACUAUCAAGGUGACCAAAUAACUACAUCUGAUGGGACAGAAAUCACUUAUGGCUUGACUAUUGCGAAUAGGGUAGGAAUAGCUUCAAAUGUUACUGAUGUGUCUGUUGCUGAAAGCGACCAAGAUGAUAUUGAUGAUGCAUAUCGAGAUACAUGGAUAGCUGAUGCAAUUUAUACUGGGUUAUUCAUUAUUGCUUUACUAUUAUACACUAUACAAUCAAAAGUAUUAAUAAGCAAAACAAGCCAUAAAACAGCAAGAGUGUCUGAUUAUGCAAUCCAAGUUAAAGGGUUACCAAGGGAUGAAGGAGUAACGCCACAAGAAGUAAAAGAUCAUUUUAUAUAAGGCUGGAUCAAGUUUUUCAAUAAAUCAAAGGAAGAUAUUUAUUUUUUGUAAAAAUUAGUAAAUAGGAAUAUAGUUUAAAGAAAAGUCUAUAUGAUAAAGCAUAGAAGUUUUGGAAAAAUAAUUGAGGUCUAUCUCGGGAGAAGAUAUAAUGAUCUUAUAAUUUUUUAUCAAGGAAGAGCUAUCCUUAAAAAAAAAAUUUGCAACAGAGAAGCCCUUUUGCGUUUUUCUAAUAAAGAUUUAGAAAAGGAUAAAAAAUUAAAAGUUUUAAAACUUUCCUUGAAACGAUUUGAUGAAAAAAUCAAAAAAGAGCAGCUUGUAAAAAAGCACAAUGAGCUCCCUAUAAAAUAUGCCUAUAUUACCUUUAUAAGCUUUUAUAGUGAUUUCCAUUUUAAAUUAUUAAAAUAUAGCUUUUUUCUUUAAUAAUAAUAAAUUUAUCUAGCUAAAUAUAUAGGAAGAUUAAUAUCAAAACAAAUAAUUCCAAAAAAGACAAACAAGCUUGUAUUAAAGCUUAUCAAACAAAAUGCUGCUGCAGCUGCUUACGAAAGAAAAGAAAAGAUUUAUAUUUCAGGAGAAAAUACCCUCUAAAAGUCUUCACAGCCCAAGAGCCAUCUGAUAUCAUCUGGGAAAAUCUUGAAAUUAGCAAAUGCAGCCGCAGAUUCAGAACUUUUCUAGCUCUAAUACUAACCCUUAUUCUCCUCAUUAUUUCUGUAGCUCUCAUAUACGGUGUCAAAAGAGCUCAAAAAGAGCUUCCUAAUGACUCUAAAUGCGAUUCUUUAAAAGUAGAUGCAGAUAUCUCUAUAAAUGAAGCUAAAAAAGAAUAUACCACACAAGACGAAACUUAUUGCUGAUGCCAAGGUCAGAGCUGGGAUGAUUUAAUUAGUAAAUCAGACUAUAGCGACUACUGUUCUAGCUAUAUAGAAACUGUUUCUUGGUCAUCUGCAGUCAAGUUUUUCAGCUGCUGUGGAAUUAUUAUAGUAAAUUUCUUUAUAAAAACCCUCAUGAUUCUAAUUACAAGCUGUGAAAGAACAAGAAGUCGCAGCUCUCAGCAGACCCGCGUCAUGCUAAAAGUAUUUGUCGCAAUGACUGUUAAUACAGCCCUAAUCACUUAUCUAGUAAAUUUAGACUCUGGAGGAGUUGGGUUUUCGAAUGGCUAUAUUUUGGAAGGAGAGUAUAGUGAUUUUUCAAGGUACUGAUAUGUGAAAGUUGGGUCAAUUUUUAUUAUCACGAUGUUUAUUUGUGUUGGGUCGCCACAUCUUAUAUAUUUAUUGAUUAUGUAUCCUAUAGGAGCCUGCAGGAGGAAAUGGGGAUGGAAAAAAUAUGCGACACAGUAUGAAAUUAAUGAUGCGUUUUUGGGGCCAGAAUUUAUGAUUUCAAUUAGUCUAAGUUAAUUAUUAUAAAAAAUGUUUUUAUACCAUGAUUUUCUUUGCUGUAUUUUUCUUCUACUCUAUGAAAAUCUAACAAUUAUAGAGCAUGCCCCUUAGAUAUGGGAUUUUCCCAUGGAUGGUGCUAUUCUGGUCUUGAUUUCCCACUGGAAAAUGUUUUGGUUUGACCAAACUAUAUGAUACUGGCCGAACCAAAAAAUUUUCCAGUGGGAAAAUCAAGGCCAAAACAGCGCCAUCCACAGGAAAAUUGCAAUAGCCCGAUAUGUACUAUCUAAGGGAUAUACCUACAUGAUUUCAACAAGAACUUCUCAAAUUUUGACGAUAAUGUUUACAUGCUAUAUAUAUUCUGGAGGAAUGCCACUAUUAAACUGCAUUUGUUUUGCUGCUCUUUUUAUAAUAUAUUGGACUGAUAAGUUUUUACUUUUGAGGCAUUAUAGGAUGCCACCGAAGUAUAAAGCUGAUCUUUAUAUACAAGCAAUGAGGCUGAUGCCACUUUGUAUUAUUAUUCAUUGCGCUGUGUCACUAGUGUGCUAUGGCUGCCCUGAUGUAUUCCCUACUUCUUUUUAUACAAAGUCAUCUGGGUAUGUGACAUCAACAACCCCAAGCUUUGAAAAAAGGCUGAAGAAUGACUCAACCCCUUGAAGUAAUUUAAUAAUAAAAUUAAUUAAUAAUAUGUCUUUAUAGAAUUAAUAAAAAUGGUCUGAUGAUAAAGUCUCUUAUUUAUUAUGCGAAUUUAAGAUAAAGGUCGCUAGGGGUUAUUUCUUAAACUUUAGUUAGGAAUACAAAUUUUUAUAAAAGCACCCUUAAAACAUUCUAAAAAUAUAUAAAAAGCGUAAUUAUAAAAUAAUUGAAAAAAAUUAAUCUCAAAUAUAACAUUUUUUGACUAUUUAUAUUUUAUGAUUCGAGAUUUAGGCAUUGCCAACAUAAUUUUAGCAGGCUCAAGUGCAAUUUUGCUUCUUCUCAUAUUUUUCAUAGAUGAGGUCAGCGCUUGUGUGAUGAAAAGCAAAAAUCGCAGAACUGACGAAACUCAAGACCAAAAGACUUUCAAGGAAGUUGAAAUGGAAAUCCAAAAAUCAGGCCUUUCUACUUACAACUUAAUGAAAAAUCCUAAUUACAUGCUAAUCAUAGAAACAAUGAAUGAGUCUGCAGAAAUUACUAAAGGCCAACUAAACAUCAGAUCUACACCUUAUCAAAGUCCAAGGGGAGCAGACCUACAAAGGACAGCUGAGGUAAGUGACAAUAAUAAUGGUGAGCCUCCAGAAGAAAGCAAAUCAGAAACUGAUAGGUCAGCAAUGACUCCUGUGCUUAAUAGCAAUAUAAGUGAACGUAGUGCUGACGAUAUAGGCUCAGAAUCUUCAUCAGACGUAGAUUUCAAUAAAGAAGAGCAGUCUAUUGUAUAUACAGAUACUCCUGUUUUUAAGUCUCCUAAGAAAAGCAAAAAAGUAGCUGUCAGUUCAGACUCUUCAAGUGAUAAGGAAAGCUUCCAGAAAAAAGAAGAGGACUCCAGCUCAGACUCGUCUUCAGAUAAGUCAGAUAUUGAGCUGAAUAAGAAGCCUGGGCCGAAAAUUAAAGUAAAAACCCCAAAGGCCAGUUCUAAGCCUCCGAAGAAAAGCAAAAAAGUUGAUGUUGAUAUAAGCUCAAGUUCUUCUCAAGGGAAAAGUUCUAUAGUCAGUCCAGAAGAGAAUGAAAUAAGCUCAGAGGUCGAAUUUAAAAAGAGGAAGCCAAAAAUUGUACCAAAACAUCAUAGAAAAGCGAGUUUUUCGUCGUCAAGCAACUUAGUUGAAGAGUCAAGUGUUUCUGAUAUGGAAAAGGAAAAAUAUGUGCCAGCUAAAAAAUCAAAGAAAAAGCAGCAGUCAGAUAGAGAAGAAUCAGAACAAAGUGACAAAAAGCCUCAAAAGAAGCUUAAAAAAUCACCAAAAAAUGCAAAAGCAAAGAAAGUGGAACCUCCUUCAGAAGAAUCAAGUAUAAGUAAAGAAGAAAGCAAGUCAAGUGACUCUGAUAAGCCUUAUGAAACUCCACAGUCAGUAAGUGAUGAAAGCAGCCCUGAGCAUGUGGAUGUUAGCUUCAGUGGGGAAGAAAAGCACAAGAAAAAUAAGAAGAAUAGAAGAAAAAGAAGCAGUUCUGAUGAAGAAUAA